CUACUUGUUCCAUUAAAGUCGGGAUGUUUUUGAAUGGUCAAGCUUGUACGUAGUAUCAGCGUAUCAGUAGCAUAUUAUUUAUGCUGAAGAAGGACUCUGCACCAUAGAUUUUCAUAAUAAUGAACUUUAUCGCUGCUUCCACUUUAAACAUUUUCAAACGAAUGACGAAACCAACCACUUCGUCAGCUGUCGUCAAAGUUAGGUGGGAGAGGAAAUGAGAAUGAGGGGAAAGGUAUAUGUAAGCAAUUAGGUGUUUCAAGUGCUGAUAAGGUGUGUGAUACUGCAGAUCCACAUCGCUCAGUAAGGGCUUGAUGUAAUUGCAAUUAUGUAUCAAAAAAAAUCUUCCUGUAGGUGAGGAAAAGUAGUGUCGUCUUUGUAUGAUAUUUGGAGGCUAUUUUUUUAGGUUAAGAUUUCAGUAGUCGUAAAGAUUUUAACCAGGGUCAUAUCUGAAAAUUAAACAAAGGCUUUGCAGCAGAAGUACAUUUUCUUUCCAAGAAUAUCCUACAGCAUGCUGUAUUGGACACUCACUACUUAUGUAUUUGCAACAGUGACAGCAGAAUAGUUAUGUGCAAUGGACUCCUUACUAGAAGAACUAUCAGACAUAUCAAUGACAAAGUUGGUCACGUGGAUCAGUUCUGGAGCCAUGAUAUUUGGUGGCAUGGUUCCUUAUAUUCCUCAGUACAGGGAAAUAAAAAAGACAGAAGAAACAGAAGGAUUUUCUCUUUUUGUAUGUCUUUCCCUUCUUGUUGCAAAUACACUUAGGAUUUUGUUCUGGUUUGGGAAACGAUAUGAAAUACCACUUCUUAUUCAAAGUAUUAUCAUGAAUGUGACAAUGUUUGCAAUGAUCCACCUUUGUGUGAGUGUUCGAAGCAAAAACCAAAUAAUUCGAGGCAGGGAUAGAGUUUUUACAGCUGAAGGUGGUAAAAUUUGCUGUUUGAAAGGAGAAUUGUCUAAAAGGACCUCUAAGCAGUUCCAUGUUGGUCACUCCUUCUGUGAUUUUGACAGGCGGUACUUUUGGGCCUGGACAGAUUUUGUAUCGUAUGUGGAUUUUAUUCUGUUAUUCACAAUAAUUUCUUCUGUACUGAUGUAUUUAUUCAUUGACUUCGUGCCAUUUGUGGAGGUAAUAGGCUUUCUUGCUGUUUUCACCGAAGCUCUUUUGGGUGUACCACAAGUGCUGUGUAAUUACCAGAAUAAAUCCACAGAAGGAAUGAGUUUGAAAAUGGUGAUAAUGUGGGCUAUGGGCGACUCGUUCAAAACGGGCUACUUUCUCGUUCGGGAAGCCCCAGUGCAAUUUUGGCUGUGUGGAGGACUGCAAGUGUGUAUAGAUGCCUUCAUAUUGUGCCAGGUUUACUGGUAUAGGAACAAACCAGGAAUUCGAAGCAAGAAGCAAGACGCACCUGACUAGCCUUCUAUAAUGUUUUCACAAAUGAAACAUUCUUUUAUAUCUUUUUAUGGUUUAUUCUGUAGGUGCUGACUUCAUGCAUAAAUAAAACUGCAUAAAUAUUUUCUGCGUUUUGUAGAUACUGUAUAUAUGAAAGUAAUCUCUUAAUAAUCCGUUAAUAUUUGAUACCCAGGGUGCUAACAAUAAAUUACAUUUCAUUGUAAUAUUUACAGUGCUUUACAAAGAGCAUUUGUAGUUUUACGUGCAUGACCAUAAAUUAUUUUCUUAUCCCUUUCAGUAAUGACAAACUGAAAGUUAAAAAUAUGGAGAUAACCUAAAAAAUGUCAUUUUUUCCCCACAUACCACCGUUUUCCCUUUAACCUUUCGUCUUGCUGGUAUGGCUUAGUAUGAAGUCCACGGAUUAACGUCCAUUAUAAAGUGUGCUGCUCUAGAGAUUUUGAGAUGAGAAAACACUGAAAUGCUGAUGUUUUUUGACUGAGGUACAGAAUACCAUGCACUACCAGAUAAUCUAUGACCUGUAUCGUGAAGGCUGGUUUUGGUGUCUUAUAAAAUAUUUGAGGCCGUCGCAAGGGUGAUGGUAGCUAGUCUCCUUUGGUAAUUGCGGUAUGCAGCCACUGGUCAGUUUUCUUUGCUAAUGGUGUUGCUGCUGGGAUCGCCAACACAGGUACUGACACAUAAUGUGUCGGUGGGUGCAGAUGAACCAGGAGAAUGUUGAGCAUACGCAAAUUCUACAGAUCAGCUCCAGAGUGUUUGAUUUUCUUCGUUGUAGUCAUUCUUGGUCAUCCUCCUGCCUGGACAAUGUGUCUGUAUUUGUGAAUGAGAAUGUUGACACAUUGUCAUAGGCUGUCAUGGGCUGGUGGUACACCAAGGAACUUGUUGGCCCUUUUUCAUUGUAAUAUAAAGUGGGUGACCAGUGUUUGGUUGCCACAAUGUAGAGAAGCCCGUGCAAUAUGCUGUGUACUGGUGAGCGAGUGACGAGAGAUCCAGCUAGACAGUGCCAGUCUUUAUCCUGCCUGAGCUCCUUGGUGACCUCAAACAACUUGAUUUCUGCCUCAGGCAUGAGCUCAGGUCUAGUUAUUUUUUAUUUUACUCUCUUAAUUUCCUCUCCGCCUUGUCUUCUUCCUUGAGCUAAUUCAGGGAAUUGUAUACUGCUGUAGGAUGGUACAGAUGUUUUUUUUAUGGUGUUGCAAGAAAUCAAGAAUGUUCUGUCUUACAAGUCCCAAAAUUGUGGAAAAUGAUAAACAGUUUUCAGAAAUCAGGUUUGUUGAUUUUUUCCAAAAAUGUAUUACAAAUAUGAUUGUACAGUGUAGAUGUGAAAUUAAUGCUGAAGUUCUACUUGUGUUUAAUCUGUGAGUAAUGUGAAAUAUAGGCACCAGAGCAGCACUUCAGUUAUAAUGUUUGGACCCGUACCCCUUUACCGUGGCGCUGGUGAAGUUAUGUUCAGCGUCUGAAAGGGAUACUGUUGUUUUUAAGGUCAUUGGAAAUGCCUGGCAUAUUUUGUCAUAUGUAUAUAACUCGUGAAAUCAAACUGUGACAUCAUUAUUUCUAUAUAUUUUAAUGAAUUUUUACUAUUUAUAUCUAAUAUCACUGAUUUUAUACUUCCAGUAGACAAAUUUAUGUGAUGCACAAUGAAAAUAAAUGAUAUGAAUUAACAUUUCAUCUUCAGUCCAUACAGAGUAUUACAGUAUAAUGUACAGUUUAUUCACUGUUAUUGUUUAUGUGAAUAACAUCAAUAUAAUUACAAAAGAUAAUUAGUUUUUUUAAAGAAAAUUGUAUCAUAAUGGAGAAUAUAUCUGCAGUUUAUGCUGG